UCGGAGAGGCCGUGCUAGCCGAACCCAUUGCAGGAGCAGCUGCAGCAGCUAGGCAACAUUCAGCGGCGUGCCAGGCGGCCCAGCCCGUUGCUCUACUUUUUGCUGCACCAACGUAGUCAUUAUGCCGAAGAGAAAGUCUCCAGAGAAUACCGAGGGCAAAGAUGGACCCAAGCUAACUAAACAGGAGCCCACAAGACGGUCAGCCAGAUUAUCAGCGAAACCUGUUCCACCAAAACCUGAGCCUAAACCAAGAAAAACAUCUGCUAAGAAAGAACCUGGAACCAAGAUUAGCAGAGGUGCUAAAGGGAAGAAGGAAGAAAAGCAGGAGGCUGGAAAGGAAGGUACUGCACCAUCUGCAAAUGGUGUCACUAAAGCUGAAGAGGCACAGAGAACUGAAUUUCUAGAUAACGAGGGAGAAUGAAUUGCCGUGGAAAACUGGGGUUGACUUCAUGUACCUCUUGGGACACCUUUUAAAAGCUAUUUUUACCGAGUAUUUUGUAAAUGCUAAUUUUUUAGGACUCUAUUAGUUGGCAUAAAAUAUAUAAAGAUGGACAUUUUAUCCUCUUAUGGUGAUGUUUUUUGGAAAUUUCCAUCAUCCUCAAGUAAAACAAAUACCAAUUUAAUAUCGGAAGCUGCGUGUAAAAUGGAUUCAGCAUUCCAUACCCUUGCUUUAAAAAUUUAGUCCUGUGCAUACUGUGGUGUUUUUACUGUGCAUAUUUGAAUUUUUCAUGCAAUUUUUCUAGAGCAAUAAUCGGUGGUGCUUUUGUGCCUAGGUUUUAUGUGAU